AUGGAACGUGACAAGGUCGCCGCCUCAAGAGUGACCAAAUCCAAUCCGAGUGGUUACCUCAUUGCUGAAGAUGGUGAUUUUCUCUUGUUCUUGCAGGCCAGCGGAAGCUCAGGAAAACUGGCCAAAGGAAAGGCCGACAAUGGCGACGUGGCGCAGCUCGAUCGCCACAAGACAGCCCUGGAAAUUCCCAGUGAAUCCUUCGCCAGCUCUCUGAGCACAAUCAGAAGUGUCUCCAAAGCGGCGGGAGAUUUUAUAAUGAACUCAGCGAAACGCUUUUCCGUGUUCGUUGACUUGUUCAGGCCGCUGGUGGGAAAAGCUCUUGUGGUGAAAGGCGUACCACUACCGCCACCUAACGGCACUCUCGUACUGACCGGAAGCACAUAG